AGGUCCGCGACGCUUUUGAGAAGCUGACCGUUGGGGUCCUGCUGCCCGAGCGGCGCGGUUCCGAGCGCUAUGGCCUCCGCCGGGGUGGCCGCCGGGCGACAGGCCGAGGAUGCGUUACCGCCGCCGGCCGAGCCGUCGCUGCCCGAGACGAAGCCGCUGCCGCCUUCGCAGCCGCCGCCUCCGGUCGCCGUGCCUCAGCCGCAGCAGUCGCCGGCAACCAGGCCCCAGUCACCGGCCGGCGUGAAGGAGGAGGAGAAUUACUCCUUUUUACCUUUGGUUCACAACAUCAUCAAAUGUAUGGACAAGGACAGUCCAGACAUCCACCAGGACCUGAACGCCCUGAAAACCAAGUUCCAGGAGAUGCGGAAGGUCAUCAGCUCCAUGCCGGGCAUCCACCUGAGUCCUGAGCAGCAGCAGCAACAGCUGCAGAGCCUCCGGGAGCAAGUCAGAACCAAGAAUGAACUUCUGCAGAAGUACAAGAGCCUCUGCAUGUUUGAGAUCCCCAAGGAGUAGAUGAGGCCGCCUUCCAGGAAUGCCUGAGAAAGAAAAGGGAGACCACGCGUCCUCACUGUCCGCCCCCCCUCCCCCCACACACACACCACCUCAGAGUGUAGAUCUUUCAGACUCCAGCUGUGAACUUUGUAACCGAGAGGCCUGGGGGUGGGGGGCUGCUGCUGUAGCUGCUUCUGUAGCUGAACUUGGCAUUGACUAUGUGAGGAGCCAGCGUGCAGGCUUGGCUUUGUCAGGGCCUCCUUGUAGUGUAUAUAUCCAUAUGUCUAGAUGCAUAAUAACUUGAGUGCCUGCUGGUGGAAGGAAGAAUGUUCCUGGAGGCUGGGGAGGGGGUAGAGGAUUCUGCUCCUGCUUCCGGUGAGGGGGCCAUCUGCUGUGUAUUCAGGCUCCACUGGCAGAUCGGGAGAGCACAGGAGGAAAGAAGGUGGCUCCUCUUUGCUUCCUGCCCUCCCUCUUCUCCCACUCUGGGUAUGCUCCGUGUGUACCAGGUACAUGUUCUGUUAACAGCAGUGUCAUGAAACAUUUGCAUAGAAUUCACUGGACAAAUUGGAGCUGCACUCAUAGGGCAUGGAUUUCAAGUAUUAGAAGAAAACCAGGAAAGCAUGAAUAUUGUUCUGAAGGACUGCAACAGGGUGACUUCCUCCCUCUCCCGCCCCCACUGAAAAACUUUGUUUCCUUUUUAUGUUUGAGCCAGUGAAUAUAAUUGGGUCUUUGGGGGUGUCAACCCAGAGCCCUGCAGGCACCUUCUGUCUUAGGUUCUCUGCCACCUACGUGUCCUGUUACUUUUAGCUCUUGCUCCCUUUGUCUCCUGUGCCCUGGAGUCAGCUCAUCCAGCCAUGUAAUGCUCGAGAACGACCAGACCACUUCAGACCCCAUGGUGCUUCCCACGGGCUGGAGAGAACCAUUGUCUCCACACAGGCUUCCGGGUGAGCGGGCCCUGCCUCUUUUCAUUUCAGAUUCCUCUUGUCCUGGUUUAAAAAAUUAGUCUCCCGUCUGGCCUUCUCACUGAAGAGUCGACCGAACGUUGACUGCACUGCAGAGGUGACCAUGAUGCACUGUUCAGAGAAGGGUGGCUGCAGUGACCGUUCUGAUCACCCAUCAGUUCCGAGUCCCUUCUGAAGGAUGAAGGAGGGCGACCACCUACAGCCUGGAGUUCUGCAGCCCCACUCUGGUUUCAUUAAUAUUCAGAACGUCCCUCAUUUCUGCCAACAGGACUUUUAUUUGCGUGCUCUUCGCUUGACUGUCAAACUGACAUGACAGCCUCUUAGCCUCUUAAAGACGAGGUGAGAAGUAGUCACAUAUUGUUUAGAUCUAGAAAUGGGCACAUAACCUGUGCUGAGAAAGCCAGGGGCUUAACAGAUGCCCGCCGAUUGACCUCGUUGGCAGAGUACUGGUUGGACAUGUUAGCAGGGGUUCCAUUUGUGCUGCCCCACAGCCACCUGUCAGAAGGUGGUUAGUGCAUGGGGCACUGGGACAUGUGAAGGGCGGUAUUCGGUUUCAGUGGCUUUGGACAGAAGAGCGGGCUCUGAAUUGAAGUGGGUAGCCGCCUAGUCAACCACUCCCACCCUGGGACUGUUAUAUUUAACUGAAUCAGUUAUGGCCUUGAAAUUUCAGGGUAGUGUGGGCCCGUUUUAAGGCUCUGACCAAAUAGGAAACACAAAGCAUCUAGAAAUAUAACCAGCGAGGCUUUUCCGCACGGCUAAAACGGAUGAGGGCUCUUCCGAGGGCAGAGGGAGAUGGAAUCUUCCCUGUGUUCCAGGGUUUUGCCUUGUGACAUUUUUCGAGAGUAUAAUUAAAAGAACUUGUACUCUGCUCUCGGGA